AUGUUGGCUCCAGGAAACAACAGCCUCCAAUCAGCUUCCUUCUUCCUGACUGGAUUCCGAGGCCUAGAAAGUCAUCAUGGUUUGAUCUCCAUUCCCUUCUGUACUAUCUACUUGACAGUGAUUGUGGGAAAUAUCACCAUCCUCCAUGUCAUCCGCACAGAUACAACACUCCACGAGCCCAUGUAUUACUUUCUGGCUAUGCUGGCCCUCACUGACCUAGGUUUGUGUUUGUCCACUUUACCCACAGUGCUGGGCAUCUUCUGGUUUGAUUCUCGAGAGAUUGGUAUUCCUGCCUGCUUCACCCAGCUCUUCUUUAUCCAUACCCUGUCAUUGGUGGAGUCCUCCGUGCUUCUAUCCAUGUCUAUUGAUCGCUAUGUUGCCAUUUGUAACCCACUUCGAUAUGGUACCAUCCUAACACCUGGCCGGAUAGUGAAGAUGGGACUAUGCUCCAUACUGCGCAGUGCCCUGCUCAUCCUUCCUCUACCCUUUCUCCUGAAACAUUUCCACUAUUGCCGUUCUCACAUACUGGCACAUGCUUAUUGCCUUCACCUGGAGAUCAUGAAGCUGGCCUGCUCCAGCAUCAUAGUCAAUCAUAUUUAUGGCCUCUUUGUGGUGGCUUGUACAGUGGGUGUGGACUCAUUGCUCAUCUUUCUCUCCUAUGCCCUAAUUCUUCGCACAGUGCUGAGCAUUGCUUCCCGUGAGGAGCGACUUCGAGCACUCAAUACCUGUGUCUCACAUAUCUGUGCUGUGCUUCUCUUCUAUAUACCUAUGAUUGGUUUGUCACUUGUGCACCGCUUUGGUGAGCACCUGCCCCGCAUUGUUCACUUGCUCAUGUCUUACAUUUACCUUUUGGUCCCACCUCUCAUGAAUCCCAUUGUUUACAGUGUUAAGACCAAGCAGAUCAGGCAGAGAAUUAUCAAAAAGUUUUUUUUUAUACAGAGGCUGAACAGUCAUCACCAGGGGUAG